AUGACCACUCCGGACGUCUAUCGAGAUGCGGAAUACAUCGCUGACGUGUCCGGCAUCAUCGACCCUUAUGGCGGCGCCAGCGCCAACUCCACCAGCCGCACCGAGCGCCUGAGAAAGGUGCAGACGGCCGCGAAAGUCGCGUUCAUUGACCGACUUCUCCGCGACCUAGAUAUCCUUAUUUACUGUGAGCUUUCAGCGUUGUAUUAUAUGGACUGCUCGAUAAUUCUCUUCGCCCUCCGCGCCAUAAUCCAACUCAUCUUCUUCACACCCAAAGCACCCCCCUUCGACCCUACGAGAAACCAACCCUUCGUCGGCGCUAUCCUGGGUAGUAACCUCUUCUGCAUGAUCUUUCAUAGAUUCUUCACUAGACCCGAAGCCAGCGAAUCGACGCGCGGAUACCUGCAUGGUGGGAUCUUGAUUGAUUUUAUUGGACAGAAAACGCCUAUCCCGUUCGCUAGACUUCUUUUCCUGGAUUGCCUCAUUUUGUUUCUGGAUCUGGUCAUGUUGGGGUUGAUCGUUGAGCGGGUAAAGACAGUAGAGGUUACUGCAAGUACGCCGGUUGAGACCACGCCCGAGGGGGAGGAAGAGCGACAGGAUCACGAUCUGGAGGAGAGGGGGUUGCGAGGGAGUGGGCCUUCUACGAGAUCGUCGACGCGGACAUUGGAGGAUGAUGAAGAUGGGGAGACGAUUGAGUUGGGUGAGAUGGAGAGGACGCAGUUGUUGGCUGAUCCGGAGGAGGGAGGGAGGAAUGCACAGCACGCCCAUCCUAUGGAUACGUUUGUGUCAGGUCAGGCAGUGAUCAUGGAUAUGGGAUUGGUUGACCUUGUUCGUGAUCAGUGGCGGCACAGCCCUGCGACAGCGCGGCGGACGACACCGUACGUGCCCUCUGAUCAGACCGCGGCGUUCUUGAGAGAGCGGUUUGGCAUUCGAGUUGGCGCAGAUGGGCGCAUGGAGCGGAUCGGAACGGAGGCGUGA